GGAGAGAGCGACACGCAGCAGGGAGAGAAGCCAACAUCGCCCUGCCCAGCAACAGGACUCCACGCUGAGACCCUAAAGAUGCUGAGACCCGCGUGGACCCCGCUCCUGGCGGUCCUGGGCGUGCUGCUGCUUCACUUGGCCGGAGGAGUCAACAGCCAGUGCUGGGAAAGCAGCAAGUGCAGCGAUCUCACUACAGAAACCGGCAUCUUGGGCUGCAUCAAAGCCUGCAAGCUGGACCUGACUGCCGAGUCCCCCAUGUACCCGGGCAACGGCCACCUGCAGCCCUUGUCCGAAAACAUCCGGAAGUACGUGAUGAGCCACUUCCGCUGGAACAAGUUCGGCAGGAGGAACAGCAGCAGCAGCGUGGGGCACAAGAGAGAAGAGCUCCCCAGCCACCCCCUCCUCGGCCUCUUUCCCGGGGCCGCCCAGGACAGAAACGAGGAGGAAGACGAAGGAGCAGCCCAGGGAAGGCAAGAGAACAAGCGGUCCUACUCGAUGGAGCACUUCCGGUGGGGCAAGCCGGUGGGAAGGAAGAGGAGACCCAUCAAGGUCUACCCCAACGGCGUGGAGGAGGAGUCCGCCGAGAGCUACCCCAUGGAGUUCAGAAGAGACCUCUCCGAGGAGCUGGACUACCCGGAGCUCCACUCCCCGGACAGCGCCGAGAGUGAGGAGGUGGCCGUCUCGGACGAGGAGGAGAUGAUGAAGAAGGACGGCGGGGCCUACAAGAUGCGCCACUUCCGCUGGAACACGCCGGCCCUGGACAAGCGGUACGGCGGCUUCAUGACCUCAGAGCACAGCCAGACGCCUCUAGUGACUCUUUUUAAGAACGCCAUCAUCAAAAGCGCCUACAAGAAGGGCCAAUAAAGGGGGCUGGGGAGGGCGCGGGGCUGACCGGCCAAUGGGUCCCCGAGGAGGUAGCUUCACGAUCCCGCUGGCAUGUGUUCUUCACUUAGAUCCCGUUAAAACAAAGUCACUUCUUAUGUCGUUGUUGUUCUACAAGCAGUCUGCGGUUAGGGAAUGAUGUCGCGCUCUUCUCCUCCGCUCGGCCUCUGUCCAACAAGCCGGCACCCCUGGAAAUGACCCCUUUCGUACUGUA